GUACUGAGCCUACGUCUUAAAUCGCAGGGAACUACAGUUUUUUUCUCGAUUUAGGGGAAAAAGAAUUGUGUGCAGAUGUAAUUGCCUUUAAAACAGUGUUUAAAUAUACCUGCUGGAUUUUUUACUGAAAAUAUAACUCUGCUGCUUUGCCUCUCCCUCGGGACUGCACUCUGCGAUCUGAAGCUGCGCCAGUCUACUACCUGCUCCACCAUCAUCCAUUACAGAGCUGCUCUAGGUAUUAAAACCUAACUUCAAACACAGCGGGAAUGGCAGACAUUAAUCGCAUUUCAUCUCCUGUAACCAUCUUUCAGGAGGAUCUGUAUAAGUCACCUAUCAAAUCAGAGAAAAUGAAAGAAAUGCUAUGCAAGGAAGCAAAAUCACCAGCACUGUUCCUGAUUGGUUCAAUUGAGAAGGUUAAUCAAAAGGUGCUGAAUUUGGAGCUUGAACUGGAAAGAUGCAGAGAUGUCCUGGUAAUUGAAAGCAGGCAAGAAGAAGAUGAAGAAAAACAUCAGCCAGGCCCAAGUCCCUGGGGAGCAGAUUCAGAUAUUGAUAAAAAGGAGCUGAAGAUAUUCUCUCAGAAGUAUGCCAAGAGGGCUAUGCAGAUGCUCAAUCUGGAGUCUCGAUUUUAUGGUACCAGAAGUACUAGACAGAGGAUCGAAGUGAAGCCGAAGCUUGUGGAGCUGCAGCAGUUUCCAGGAAUUAACAAACAUGAUGUAACACCAUUACCCAACAACACUUCCCUUGAUAAUGUAAUUGAAAAAGUGAUACUUGCUCAGAAAGACCUCAAAAGAAAGCAUCAUUAUCAUAAAGAGUUUUGCAAUCUAUUCAACUUCCCUACAGUACGAGCAAUUUUACUUGAUGCCUUCUGGUGGAUAUUUUUAUAUAAGUAUCAGCCAGAUCUUGCAAGUCAAAAUUUCCUGUUUGAUCGAAUUGCAGAAAAUUAUAUCCAGCUCAUGACAGACUGUCGCUCUAUUCAGUAUGGAGAGGUGUUUUUAAAGGCAUUGCCUGGGAUAUUAUGUCAGGCCGUGUACAGCUGUUUCUGUUGUAGCUUCCCACAAUCUGGCCUACAGUUUGACUCAGAUGACUUCAAGAGAGACCUUUGCAAUACCUUACAUGAGUGGAUUGGAGGCAUCCGUCCUUCUCUCGGUAUUUAUAGAAAAUGGGAGUAUAGUACUUUGGAACCGCAAGGUAUGAGAAAAGAAUUAAUGCCAACAAAAGGCAAAUAUAAGAAAGGAUUAACUCUUUCCUUCCAGCCGACUGAAAAAGCCAUCAGUUCCUUGGUGCCUUUAAUAGAUGACCCAAAGUCUCAUAGAACUCAGAGACUGCGCAGUAUCUCUCAAACUAAAAUGCAUAGCAAGAACUUAGAUCACUAUAGCAGAAUUCCAGAUGAGGUUUCAUUAUACCAAACUACUGUAACACAGUCCUGCCCAUCACUGGAGUUGCCUGAAUAUUCAUCUAAAGAAAAUAUAACAGCCUCAGAGGCUCAGACUAUGCAAGGGAAACUGAACCAAGUACAGCACUCCAUGACUGAGGUGGCAGAAUCAAAACAGGAUUCUUCUAACACUCUUCAGUCUAGAAAAGAAGUGCCAAAACCAGGAUCUACAGCAAACAUCAAAGAGUCUCACCCAGCAUGCUGUGGUCCAGAGUUUAUACAGAAUAUAUUUAACCUCACUGGACACAGUCCUCUGGUUCAGCAUUAUCUUCAGAAGCGGAAUGUGGAGACAAAAGUAGGCCAAAAUAUUUACUUACCCAGAACAGAGAUCAAGAAACAAAUACCACCAGGAAUUCCUACAUAUCGUGAUGUUAUUCAUGAGGGGUACAGACACAUACAUAAACUGGACAGUGCGAACAAGGCCUGGUACCGGUACCAUCGAAAGGAAGUUGUGAAGUUUAACUGCAAGCAGCUAGAAGACAGGAAAUCAUUCCAGAGGAAUCAGGAAAAGUUGUUGUCCAAUCACCAGGAGGUCAAGCGUCUGAGCCAGCUGUUAUUUCCAAGUCCAAAGGAGAAAGAUAAGAAAUCAGAAAAUGAAGUGAAUGAAACAAUAGAAGCUACUACUACUGCUAAGAAUAGAAAAAAAACUAGAAUAAUAAACUACAAUUCCGGCUAUUAGGAUUUUACAAAUCCUUAAAUAUGCAUAUAGAGUAGUUAAUCAUGUGCAAACUGAAUAAAAGCGUACCAACUACUUCUAA